AUGGGCAAGUUGAAUUAUUCAGCUCGAAAGAUCGACGGCGUCAAGGCCGCGCAGGUGGUUGUUAGGGACUUGAAAAAACGAAUCACUCCUGGCUCCGGCGCCCGAAACACCUCCCGCGAUCCAAUCCUCGAACUUGACGUCAGUGACAAAAACCUAACCGACACCGGCUUUGCCGAAGUCAUCGACGCCCUCCUUGAAUGCAUGAAGUACCGUGACACAGAGCACCCCGACGGCGCCGCCAAACUCACUGAGCUACACCUCUCUGGCAACCAACUGACCAUCAUGUCGUUGGAGAAGCUGGGCGAGGUGGUUGAGCUCAGUUCUGGGGAUCUACGCGAGUUGGAUAUUUCUCGGAAUGCGAUUGAUAUUCGUGGCGAUGAUGAUCAGGGGAAGGGGAUUUGGCUGGAGUUUUUGAAGGCGUUUGCGGGGUGCUAUGUGCUCAAGAAGCUGGAUUUGGGGAUGAAUCGGUUGGGGAUUGCGGGGAUCGAGCUGCUGUCGAGGGUUUAUACGCGGAGUGAUCUUGAUUUCUUCGAAGAGGAAGACGAGGAGGAGAUUGUUGUCGAGGAGAUGGCGACGUUGGAUGUCAAUGAGAAGGAGAAUGACCGUGGUCGUUCGAAGAAGUCGCCUAAGGGUAAGGCGAGGCAGAACGGUACCAUCGCUACUUCCGGUCCUUCCACUACAAAGACUGUGAGCCCUGCCGACCUGAAACGCUACGCCUGUACCAGAGGCUUACGCUCUGUGCCGUACAUUAUCCUCUCAAACAUCUCGUUGACUACUGGUGCUGCCAUCCAUCUGACCAGCAUGAUUCUCGCCCAUCGAAAUCCCGAGCAGCUGCUCCCGUAUCUCCCCCCAGGCAAAAUGCCCCCUUUUCCCGACACCGACGGCCGAUGCAACGGUCUAAUCUGGCUCCCCAACGACAGCCUAAGCGACCUGGGCCACAAGAUGCUUGACUCAGCCGAGACGCUUCGUCAGUUUGCCUCCGAAAUGCUUCCCGAGGAAGAUCAGGCCCAUCGGGAGGGAAGGCUUCCCCGCGAUCUGGAAGGGGUUAAUUUGAUGGAUUUUAUGGAACAGCGCCGUCAGCACACAAAGCUGAACGUCGAGUACACCCGUAUCAUCAAGCGUGCACGAAUCGAAGCUCUAAGGAUGGAGGGUGUGCAUGCUGCGGAACUUUGGGGUGCUGCAUUGCAGAUGAUUACCAUGGCUCGUACGUUGUUGAUGGAUGGUUCCAAGCGUGAUGCAGAGGAACAGUCUGAGUCAGAGAAUGAGCAGGAGAACGUCCCACCUGCGUUGUCUGACCCUGAGCCCGUCCCGACACAGAACGGGGGGCUUGUGUCCACCUCUGCGUCUUCUAAUCGUACUUCGAUCAGCAUGUCUCGCUUUACGUUGCACACGCCGGCGCAGACUCAGCCAGUGGCUCCUUCGAAUUCUGUCCUUGGAAGCAGCAGGACAUACGCUCCCUUGAACUACUACGCGAUUGAACACGAACGUUUGUUGCCGUCGUAUCCCAUUCAUACACCGCAAACUAUGCCAGGUGCCUAUCCAAACUGCGACCAUGCGUUCACUACUAGUUCCGUGGGUGGACCCUGGUCUUUGGAUCCCGUGUCAGGUAUUUUGUAUGACGAACGAGGCCGCCCUGCGAACCUUCAUAGCCAGGAAUACAUCCAAACAAGCAAUUACGAAGCCUACGUCUACUCAGCGUCUGUCGACCCGGAGCCCACCCCAAAGGGCCCGUUCCAGCCAGGCGGUGCGACAUUCGAUGUCAAUUUCCCUGCUCUGGGAAAUACUGCUGCUAACAAGGGACCUGCAUCUGGACCUGAACCCAUCGAGCCUCCGGUGAAGGAGAAGAUUCCUGUUACGCCUCCCCAGCCCCAACGAAGCCAACAGCAACGGCACCAGCGACAGAAGUCCAGAGCGGAGCAUACGAACCGCACGAAUGAGAAACGUACUUCCGCCCAAGGGCAAGAGAAACCCCGGAAUCUAUUCCACAGACUCCCCUUGCGCGUCAACUGUCAGAUUAUCGCGCGCAGAGCCGGUGCGGAGGGUAUCCUUAGCCUCGCGCAGCAGGAACGACUUGUCAAGUACGCUACUGACUGGAAUUCUAUUGCUGCUGAGAUGAGAGCACAGGGAGCUGAAGAACAUCAGCAGAUCUGGAAGAUUCUGGAUUCUGUUAACUGCUUUACUUACUCUUCUUUGUCUUAG